AUGGCGAAAGGAGGAAAGCUCACCAAAAUAAAGUCCGUGCUAAAGAAAAUGCAGUCCUUCAAAAUCGGUCGCACGGACUCCAUCUCCGCCAGGCACGCCUCAUCCCACGACGACUCGUUCGACCCGACCGCCGCCGCCGGAAGCGGCGGCGAGGAUCUCCGCUCCGUCUACGUCGGGAAGUCUCGGCGGAGGUACCUCGUCCCCGCCUACGUCGCGGAAAAUCCGCUCUUCCGCGAGCUCGUCGAUCGGCGCUCCGGCAGCGGCGGUGAGGAGGAAGACGCGAUCGUCGUCGGCUGCGAGGUCGUUAUGUUCGAGCACCUCCUCUGGAUGCUGGAAAACGCCGAUCCCCAGCCGGAGUCACUGAGCGAGCUCGCCGAAUUUUACGUCUGA